AUAAAGCGGAGCGGGGGGGGGACAAGCCGGUAUUUCAAAUCCGAAGUGUCAGGUACGGAUUUAACAUCCGAGUGGCCCGCUGUUAGUGAAAACGGAGAGAAUACUCUAGAAGGCGGGGGACUUCAGGAAAGGGCUCGACGAGGAAGCCAUCGAGAUUCUAGAGACCGUCAGCAGACCCGGAUUUGAGGAUGCACCUGACCGAGGUUGAGACCCCCGACAUGUCGGCCGCCGCAGUGAUGCCCUCCCCCGUGGAGCCGGAAGCCCGCAGCACUGAUGACAACAUCGUGUCUCUGGAUGACAUCACCAUGGAGGCUAAUGAGUCAUCAGAGGAGGAGGUGCUCUGUGAGAUGGAAGUGAAAACGGGGGCUCUGGCCAGUAUCAACCCCUCACCCCACAUGACCAGGCUAGAAGAAGUACAGACACAGCAAGGCCACGUCCCGCGGCCGGACUCCCUGGACCUGGCCGCGUCCGAGUCGCAGCUGUGGACCUCCAGGGGCGACUGUGAGGUGAGGCUGAGGCUGGCGGAGUCGGGCCUGGCGGCAGAACCGCCCGUCACCGUGGACCAGAUGUUCAGGAGGUCGGUGGAGAGGUUCGGCAAGCACACGGCGCUGGGCUGGAAGGAGGGCGAGCAGUGGAGGACGGCCAGCUACGAGGAGUACUACCGGCUGUGCCGCACGGCCGCCAAGAGCCUCCUCAAGCUGGGUCUGGAGCGGUACCACGGGGUCGGGAUCCUGGGCUUCAACUCCCCAGAGUGGUUCAUCACGGACAUCGCUGCUAUUUUGGCAGGCGGGUUUGCGGUGGGCAUCUACACCACCAACUCCCCGGAGGCGUGCCAGUAUGUGGCGGAGAACUGCCAGGCCAACAUCCUGGUGGUGGAGAACCACAAGCAGCUGCAGAAGAUCCUGCAGAUUCAAGACAAGCUUCCACAUCUGAAAGCCAUAAUUCAGUAUAAAGAUUCUCUGAAGGAAAAGAAACCAAAUUUAUACUCGUGGGCGGAGUUCAUGGCCUUGGCGCAGGACGUGGCAGACAAGCAGCUGGAUGACAUCACCGCCAGCCAGAAGCCCAACCAGUGCUGCACCCUGAUCUACACCUCGGGCACGACAGGGCAGCCCAAGGGCGUGAUGUUGAGUCACGACAAUCUGACGUGGACAGCGUACGCCACGGGAAAGAACGUGCGGCUGACCGAGGCCGAUGCGGCCCAGGAGGUGGUGGUCAGUUACCUGCCCCUGAGCCACAUCGCGGCGCAGAUGAUUGACAUCUGGCUCACCAUGCAGGUCGGCGGCGCAGCCUACUUUGCACAGCCGGACGCCCUGAAGGGCUCACUGGUGAACACUCUGCGGGACGUGCGGCCCACGGCCUUCAUGGGAGUCCCCAGGGUGUGGGAGAAGAUGCAGGAGAAGAUGAAGUCAGUGGGGGCCAAAUCGUCCACCGUGCGCCGGAAGGUGGCCAGCUGGGCCAAGGGGGUGGGGCUGCAGACCAACCUGAGCCGGAUGGGGGGGGAGAUGGCACGCACCCCCCUGAACUACCGGCUGGCCAAGAAGCUGGUGUUCCGGAAGGUCCGCAAGGCGCUGGGCCUGGAUCGCUGCCGGAAGUGCUACACGGGCGCGGCCCCCAUCACCAGGGACACGCUGGAGUUCUUCCUCAGCCUGGACAUCCCCGUGUACGAGCUGUACGGCAUGAGCGAAUGCUCGGGCCCCCACACCCUCUCCCUGCCCGACGCCUUCCGCCUCACCAGCUGCGGGAAAGUCCUCCAGGGCUGCGAGACCAAGAUCUCAAACCCGGACAGCGAGGGGAACGGCGAGAUCUGCUUCUGGGGCCGCCACGUCUUCAUGGGCUACCUCAACAUGCCCGAGAAGAUGGAGGAGGCGCUGGACGCAGAGUGCUGGCUGCGCUCUGGGGACCUGGGCAAGCACGACGGCGAGGGCUUCCUCUACAUCACCGGCCGCAUCAAGGAGCUGAUCAUCACGGCCGGGGGCGAGAACAUCCCCCCAGUGCCCAUCGAGGAUGCAGUGAAGGAGGCCAUACCAUUGAUCAGCAACGCUAUGCUUAUUGGCGACAAGAGGAAGUUCCUCUCCAUGCUGCUCACCGUCAAGUGCCAGGUGAACGGCGACACGGGCAUCCCGGAGGACGAGCUGACGGAGGAGGCGGUGGAGGAGUGCCGCAAACUGGGCAGCAGCGCCACCCGGGUGUCGCAGAUGGCGGGGGGGCGCGACCGCCUCGUUCACGCCGCCAUCCAAGAGGGCAUCAACCGCGUCAACGAGAAGGCGGUCUCCAACGCCCAGCGCAUUCAGAAGUGGACCGUGCUGGACCAGGACUUCUCUAUCAUGGGGGGAGAGCUUGGCCCGACCAUGAAGCUGAAACGGCCAGUGGUGAUGAAGAUGUACAAGGAGCACAUUGAGAAUUUCUACACGGAAGCAGUGACCCCCACCACCCCCGAUAACCCUCUGCCCCCCAAAUAAGGCUCUGCCGAGGGCCCGGGGCCCGGGGCCGGACGGACAGGGGGACGCACUCUCACCUGCACCUCCACGCUUCAGCAAAGUGAAGAGACCCAGAGGUCAGAGAAGCAGUGGUUCCCCACCGGAGAGCUCACUGCGCUUCCCCACCGGAGAGCUCACUGCGCUUCCCCACCGGAGAGCUCACUGCGCUUCCCCACCGGAGAGCUCACUGCGCUUCCUCACCGGAGAGCUCACUGCGCUUCCCCACCGGAGAGCUCACUGCGCUUCCCCACCGGAGAGCUCACUGUCGUGCUUAACUCCACCUUGGGAGGUUCUGAUUGUAAAUGUUUCCGUUUGUGUGGUUGUUGUACAUAAUGAACUAGGAUCUCUGGGGGGGGGAACUAUAAAAUUGCUCAUGUUUUUACAAUAUUUAUAAGCUGAUUGUUAUUAAUAUCAUUGUCAUUAUUACUACUGUGAUGAAGUACAAUAAUUCUGUAAUUGUACUAUUUACUCUGCAAAACCAUACGAAAAUCCAAAGUGGAAUUUGAAGGAGUUUUCAUAAAAUGGAAUUCCUGUCGAAUCUUCAGGGUUCUUUUUUUUGUAUUUUGCGUUUAGUUUAAUUUUAUUUAUUACUUCGAUGUUGCCAAAGUUACAGAAAGGCCAGUGCAUGUCAGGUUUCUCAACGGAUUGUGGAAAAUCCUGUUUUCUCGCCACGCGCCGUUUUCACGGACUUAAAGACGUGAAAAGUGGAAAAGAGCUGUUAAGUGAGCUGUUGUUUUAGCGUAGCGGUUUGUUGUUUUGCUUGUAUGUACAAUUCCCCACAUGUUCAUGCAGCAGCACUGCAAUCUCCAUAUUUGUCUGUGACAGUUGUUUCUCAUUGUUCUGACAUAAUUGUAUCCUGACAGUGAAGCUUUGUUUCCUUUGAAAAUGUUUUAAUUCAGCCAUGUCGUAUCACAUUAACACCCAUAGAAUCAACAGUGUGUUUAAUAUAUGCAUCUCAUUAUAUUAUAAUGUCACACUGUGGAUUCUAGAUUUCAGUACUCCGGGUAUGUAACCAAAAACCCAUUUAAAAACUAUUGCAUGGAGUAACCAAGACGAAGCUCAGAUAAUCCCGAUUGUCCGCGAUGUUCUAAUGCUACCCGUAGGGUGAAGGGAUUCAGGCAGUCGGGCUCUGAUCUGGUCCUUUUCAUCACUGGGUGACUGAUGUAUUGAUUGUUUAAGUUUGUGACUGAAGGUGUGAGCAGAGUUGGGCUUCAGCUCUGGGCCUGCACGAGGACUGCAUCAAACAAUUUCUAUUAAAAGUGAAAAUGCUGACUGAACA